CUCUCUCAGCCAUGCACUUACUAGACUACAACCUGCUUCAGACGACGCCCCACCGCCCAUGAGAAUUCCACUUAGGGCAGAGCCAAGUCCGUCGUGCGUCUUUUUCGCUCGAGAGGAAACCAUUGGGCUUUUAUUAUUGUCGGGCUGCGCGCUCAGGCUGCCCACGGCAUCACCUCGGCAGUAACAGGAGGGGUGCCAGCCAGAAGAAAAAGAAGAAGAGGAGGAGGAAGAGGAAGAAGAGGAGGAGGAGAGGAAGGGGUAUAGAGUAUUCUGCUCAGAAAAUAAACAAGAACACGUCUGUGGCGGGAAGCGAAAGGGAUCUGCAACUGAGAUGGCUGAGGUGUCACAAGAGGAGAAACUCCAGGCCAUCGCUGAGAAAAGGAAGAGGCAGGCAGAGAUUGAAAACAAGAGGAGGCAGCUGGAUGAUGACCGACGACAACUCCAGCAUCUCAAGUCGAAGGCACUGAGGGAACGCUGGUUGUUAGAUGGAGCUCCAGCGGAGGAAGAGACUCAGAAACGUCUGCAUGAGGACGAGGUGAAGACCAAACUCCUGGAGCAAGUCAUUCUCAGGCUGGAGCAAGAGAUUGAAGAACUGGAGACCGAUGUUCCAGCCAAUAAGGGUGUGGCCAAAGAAAAUGGAGGUGAGAAUGGAGUAGUGCAGAGCUCUGGUCAGACCCCCAAGAGAGAGGUGACAGGGAUUGAGGCCAAGCUGCUGGGUCCCAGUCCUGACCAGGCCAGCGCGGACAACCCCGUCACCCUGGUGUUCAUGGGCUACAAAACCGUUGAUGAGGAGCAGGAGACCCGCACGGCCUUGGGAAUGGAAGGGGUGGAUGGCAACGUCAAGGCUGAGUUUGUUGUGAUCGAGGAUGGGGAGGGGAAAGCAGGAGGAGAGGCAGCCACAGAAGAGCAGGCUCCACCCAACGGGAGCAUGGCGGAGAAAGAAAAGGCCAACGGAGGCGGAGAGGAUGGAGAGAAGGAAAAGGAGAAGAAACAGACCUGCAAGUGCUGCACGGUCAUGUGAGGUGUGUGUGUGUGUGUGUGUGUGUGUGUGAGUGUGUGAUUGGUGUGUGGGUAAGUACAGAUCUGCACCUGUGCAGGAAUGUGUGCCAUUGCAUGUGUCUGUAUUUGUGUGUGUGUGUGUGUGUCCAGUUACACAGCCAAUAAAACAACAAUGAGAGCCAAUACAAGCUCCAGCUACAACAACAAGAACCACAAAGACUCAUAAGUACACUUUUCUCUGUAUACUUUCUCUGAUGUGUAUUUGACUUUUGAUUUCUAUUGAUAUUUUUCUAUUUUUCUGUCUUGACAUUUAUAUUGUAUUCAGUAUGUAUAUCUUUAUUAUGGGACUGUGUACUGUAAGUUCAUUGUUAUUAUUGUUGGAAAAAAGAAAAUGUAUUAGCUCUCUGGAUUGUACUGCUACCCGCUGGGGGAAACCUGGAAUCUUUAAAUCAUUUAAGUCAAAACAGCAAAUUAUGAAGGAUACCGAUACUUAAAAAUAUAUAUAUAUAUAUAUUUCUCUGUGUAGGCCUACCAACUAUUUAUCGGUCAAUUUCAUAUUGCAAUAUUGUCUAAGAUAUUAUUUUAAAUAGUAUUUUAAUAUAUUGAUAUGAAAUUAUGUUUUAUACAAUGUAUUUAUUGUUUUUGGUUCUCUAUAUCAUCUCCAACCAUUAACUUGCAUGUAAGCUUAUAAGCACUACCAGAUUUGCGUUACAAUCAUAACAAGUGUCUUUGCUUUCUUAAACUCAUAUGUGCUCAUAUCUUUAGUCACACAAGUCUUUCUAUCAGUAACAGUUGAUAUAAUUGCCAGUGUUAGAGAUGUGCAUUAAGUUUAAAAAGAACAGCAUGGAGACAAAGCGGCUAAUUAGAACAGUGACCAUAUUGCAAACCACAUUAGCUUCUCAUAGAUAAUAUAUGUGACACAUGUACACGAAGAUCACAGCUUUUGAAUUUUUUUAAUAAGAUGGACACACUUGCUUUAUGAUCGACAGAGUCGUGAAGAAACCAUUGCGCAACGAUUAGAAAUGCUGAAAUAAUUGUGUUCUAUCAACAGUAGAAUCAAUGUAAAUCUUAUAAGGUAGCACUGCAUGAAGCCUUGCAACUGUGUUGACUGUCUUGUCACUUGUUAGGUCUUAAUUAUACGCUAUCACGUUCACAUGAAUGUAAAUCCAGGGGUUAAAUUGGGAUUAGUUCUACCAUAAUGAGAAGAGGCGGGCUUGCUCAAUUUACCGUAAAAAAAGAAAAAAAGCUUUUUGUCUCUUUUUGAACCAAAUAAAAAUCUAAUGAUACUGUAAUUUCAUUGUGUGUUGGUCGGCUGCUGGUUUCUGUCCUGCUCGCUCCCAGUUUAACCCCUGACUCUUUGUCUGUAGAAAUGGGCCCAAUAGUACUUGAAUAGAUUUGCAGAAAAAGAUUUGGGCCAUUUGAAUAGACUUUUCUCACUAAUAAUGACACCCUCUAUCUUUUCAGCCAUAAGAACACAACAUAAUAAUUUGGUUGUGCCCAGGUACCCACAUUUUUUUAGUAGUUAUAAUAUUAGAAAUAGGUCAUAUUCUAUAAGUAAAAAUCAGUCUAACCAGUUUAAACAGCGCAGGAUGCUAGCAAGAUACAUCGUGCAUGUAUACUAUAGCAAUUCAAAGCACUGAAAGCCUAUUGAAAUACAUUUUGGCCCUAGUUUACUCAUUUGUUUGGCAGACAAUAUAGAGGCUAUUGACGUUCUGGGUCUGUGAUGCUACACCCCUCCCACCCCCCACCCUGACUCAUCCAUAUCUCUGAUUCACCCACACACCAUCCCCAUUAACGCCACCCUCAUCGUCAAACACACACAUCCCUACCUUCUAUGCUCGGAUACACGCGGUUUGAAAACCUCUGAAGUUGGUGCUAAUCCUGAGUCUUGUCUAACACUCUCCAUCCACCAACUUUUCAACUAUCUUUCUCUCUCUCUCUCUCUAUCUGUCUUACUCAAAUCGCUGAUGAGGGGGAUUGUGGGAAUCUGCCUCCUGCAUACACUUGUAGAAUAAGAGUCUUUUGCAACCUUCAGUGCCAGAUGCAUUCUCUCAUGUCCUGCCUACAUUUACCACCAGAGAAAUUAUCCCUUCGAACAUUCCAAAGGGAGGUCAACAGGCAUGGACAGAUGAAAUAUAGUCUAUGCUUUCCAUAUGUACAGUUCCACUGUAAUUGUACAACUUGCAAAUUUCUUUCUGAUAUUGACUCAUGUUUUUCUUUCCUAUGGCCUCUUUGCAAGGCGGUAUAUUGUAUUUGAUGUGUGUAUUUUUUUUAAAAGAUGACUACAUGUGUGUGUGUUGUUGGUGCCUUUGUCAGGUUCAGUUGGUUGGACUUGUCUGUCUGCCGCCAUUUUUAGACCGGGGUUUUUCUUGCUCUGCUCCUGGUCAUGAUGACCCAAUGGGAAACACUGCCUUCUACUCUAGAGGGGUACUACACAACUAUGGAAGAAUAUUCACAAUUUUCACAUAACUAUAAAUAAAUGCAGCUCAGAAAAUAGGUCAUAUGCAGACUAUUGUCGGUGUCUUGAAAACACUUUGUAUCCUGUUAUAACUUUAAAGACUUGUUGAUUUCACUGUAACUGACAGAUUCCGUUUUUUAUUCCACACAUACAAAAAACAUAUUAAAAGCCAAACUGCACCCAAAGUUUAACAUUUUAAGGGGAUACAAACUUUAUGCAGGAGACUAAAAGACAGUCUAUGUAUGUAUGUAUGUACAGUACACAUGUGCAUGUAUCUGCAUACAUAGCCUAUACAUGUACAUUUGUUGAGCUAAAGUUUUGCCUAAAUGUGGGUCUCUGGGACAGCAGCAGAAAAAGCAACCUUGUGUUAGACCAAUGCCUGUUCAUCUAUUCUGUGGUCGUCUAAAUGUUUAAUCUUGAAUAAAACUACUGUUUGUUUACAGCAAGUCA